CGGCCUCGCUCUUCCGGUCGCGGGCAGCCGGGGCGCAGAGGGCGUUCGCGGCGGUCGCCACGGGCAGCGGCUGCAGAAUGUUGGCCACCAGAGCUCUUAGCCUAAUCGGCAAGCGAGCCAUUUCCACCUCAGUGUGUGUUCGAGCACAUGGAAGUGUUGUGAAGAGUGAAGACUAUGCUCUCCCCGCCUAUGUGGAUCGGCGUGACUACCCUUUGCCUGAUGUGGCCCAUGUGAAGCAUCUGUCUGCCAGCCAGAAGGCCCUGAAGGAGAAGGAGAAGGCCGACUGGGGCAGCCUGAGUAGAGAUGAGAAAGUCGAGUUGUACCGCAUUCGGUUUAACGAGAGCUUUGCAGAGAUGAACAGGACCACCAACGAGUGGAAGACGGUUGUGGGUGUGGCCAUGUUCUUCAUUGGCUUCACUGGCCUCAUUUUGAUCUGGGAGAAGCUCUACGUGUAUGGCCCCAUCCCACACACCUUUGAUGAAGAGUGGGUAGCCAUGCAGACCAAGCGGAUGCUCGACAUGAAGUCAAACCCCAUCCAGGGCUUCUCCGCCAAGUGGGACUACGACAAGAACGAGUGGAAGAAAUGAGAGCUGGCUGCUCGGUGUAUUUACUGAAGCUCUUAUGUCCCAGUACUGAUGCUAAUAAAUGACAGUUUACGUGG